CACGACUCAAGACCUUUACAUGAGGACCUCUGCACACAGAUAUGCAUAUUGAAUCCUGAUGUUACAUUCACUGAAUGUUUUCUCACACUCCACCCUUUGCAAAACCGACCUCUGGAUUGUAUUCAGUCCGUCAUUUUUGCCAUGGAAUAUAUCAGGGGUGUCCAAGAAAGUUUGCCAUUGUAAGGUGCAGCCUUUCAUUCAGCAUUCCAUUCCAUUUUAGCCUGCUGUUUCUAAUCUUCAUUUAGCAUUUUUGAAAGCAUCAAUUUAUUAUCGAGAGCUUUUCCUCUCUGGGUUGCCAAGCAAAAUGGGGCGAUGCUCUUGAACCCUGAGAUACAAUGUUAAAUCUUAAUGUGUUAAUUGGAGGGAGUUGUGCAUUUCUCGACUGACGAGAGAGACUACGACUGUAAAAACAGUGAGCAAGGGGGAGCGAGGGAGAUUGUGGGUGUGUUGGUGCGUGAGAGGAAAAGAGCGAGAAAGCGUAGGGGAGGGAGAGAGGAGAGAAAUAAAAACAGCACAAGAAGGACAGCAGGCAGAACGGAGGAUUAAAUCCUUCUGAGGUUUCGCCAUGUUCCUGCACACUGUCUCCAUCCUCAUCCUCACUGCCAUGCUUUUCGGCAACCUGGAAGGUAAGGGUGUCCAAAUGCAGAGAGAUGUUCAGUGCUGUAUGCAGUACUCACAUGGCAAGGUCCGGACCAAAGAUGUCCUGAGGUUUGAGGUGCAGACCGAGGGGCCAGACUGCAGCAUAAAAGCCAUCAUAUUGUACACCAAAAAGGCGGUAAAGUGUGCCGAUCCAAGGGACAGGAAGGUGAAGAGGUUACUACGGAAACUGUUCCAGAGGCAGGGAGCCAAAGCCCGCAGGACCAUGUGGCUACAUCCGCAUAUUACUCUCCCUGUGAUGUCGGAGAUCGAUGUUGUUGAUUCCCAAAAGAUGAACAAGGAUUUUCCAAAAUUACAAUAAAGAAAAUGAAUGGACCAAGUGAAGAGUGAGGAAGUAAAUGGUGAUCCGCGAAACUCCAGCCUUCUCUUGUGUAUCACUGUUUUUUUCUUAUAUGGAUAAGACAAUAUAUGUAGACUCAUACCUUAUCAUUACCAAACAGUAUGUUAUCUAGAUAUAUUGUGAUAUUUAGAUGUCCUCUCAAAUGACUGUUAAUCUAUAUGCCAAAGUAUUCUUCUUUGAGACUUGUUACAAUAAGGUUGUUCAUAAUCUCUGCAGCUAUGUAUAGUCUCUAUAAUUUAUAUUCUCUUCUAUAGAGUCCAGUAAAGCUGGUAUGACUGUUCUUCACCAAUUUAUAGUGCAAUUACAGAUUAUCUUGUGUAUGUUAAAACACAACUGAUUUUUAUAUAUAAUAAAUACAUUGAAAACACAGAAAAUGUUAUUGUUUUUUUAUUUUAACAGACAGCAGCAACAGCUUGGAUGUCUUUCUAACUUGAUCAUACUGAAGAAAUGUAAAGAAAUAUGUGAUCCUGUCUGUGAAAAACAAGCUAAAGUCAUUUAUUGUUUUCUACAUAAAAUCAUCUUACAUAAUGUAAAGAGCAUUCUGUGAAAAUAUAACAUUGAUAUAUUGACCGAGGUCAAACUUUGAUGCUCCUAAUCUCAUCAUUAGAUUAAAACUUUAACCUGGGUUUCACAGAAACGGUCACAUACAUGUGCUUGUAUGGUACCUAAUGAAAUAUCUAAGCCAAAUCUUAAGUCAGAUUGCUCUGAAAUGUUGCAUUUUAUUUGUUAAAAAUACUUUUGUGUUUUUAUUUAAUUUGUUUUAUGUGGCUAUUUAAAUUUGUUGGAAAAUGUUAUAAUCUUAUUUUAUUGUACUAAUAAACCACUUUAGGUCCAAUCCUAAAUAUUGGGUUAUUGCAAAGUACCAAUAGCUUUUAAUCAUAACUAUUGUAAUCCUAAAGCACUUCUUAAUCCUUUCUUAUGGAAUCAAUGUUUAGUUUAAAUUUGUAAUGAAUGACAAAUAUUUAAAACAUGUUUUUUUUUGUUUUUUUUGUAAAAAUGGCUUGUAAUUGCCUUGGGCUAGCAAUAUAUAAAUUUUAUUUAAAUGAUUUUGAUUUAAAGUCCAAUGCAAGUGUAAGUAUAAUUUAACAAGCUAAUAAAAAGAUUUCUAUCAGCAUGAUAAAUAUCUCCAUGGCCAAUGAGUGGACUGUUUUGAAUUUUAUAUCCAUGCAUUGUCUGACCAC